CCGGAUAUCGAGCUUGGAAAGCCAAUCAGAAAGGAGGGCGAUCCCAUGAUCCGGCUCACGGACAUUGAGCAUUGUGAACAGGUCUCGAAAUGGCGGAAAUCCGUUCAAGAAAUUAAUCUGGAGCAAAACUCGGCAAAUGGCAAGUUUAGAAAUAUUAGACUUGGAAAACUCAACGGCAAGAAGUUCGCCGUCAAACUGGUUCCCCGGAAAUCCGAAAUAUUCGUCACUGGAUUCAUGGAGGUGGCCGUAAUGCUCGAUUUAAAUCACGAAAAUCUGGUUCGGCUGUGUGGCUGGGAUUUUCAAGACAAAAUGCUCUAUAUCAUUACUGGACUAGUACGCGGUGAAACCCUAUCUUCUUAUGUUCAAAAGGCAAUAAGGAAUGAUCUAGAGAAUUUGGGUUUGGACAAGAUAGCACUGGGCAUAACACAGGGUUUAAAAUACCUAGGGGAGCGGAAGUUAGUUCAUCGAGGUCUGGCUGCGCGAAAUAUCUUCCUGGACGGCAAGCAGGCACCUAAGAUCGGUGACUUUGGACUCUGUCGAAGGGAGGGUUCUUGCUAUCCUUGUGUAGAGGUGCCUGUAAAGUGGUCUGCGCCAGAGGUGUUGGCGAAAAAAGAAAAUUACAGCACUAAAUCUGACAUCUGGACCCAUGUUAUUGUCCUCUGGGAGGCAUACAGUCUCGGGCACGUACCCUUCUUUGAUAUACCCAAUACCGAGCUGAGCGGAGCCUUGAAAAAAGCUUUCGAUGAGAACAGGUGUCCGCUUCAGUUCCCUGACGAUACUCCUGAACCCGUAAAGGCGGUAGCCGAUAAACUUGGAGAGGGGGCAGUUGCCUCCUUCCGCGUCUUCUUCUGUGUCCCGAUAUUUGCCACCAAAUAG